AUGAUCGUACAUCAUGGGUAUGUCCAUUUUCAUUUCAAAACACAAUCUCUCGGUAAACGAAGUGCUCAAAUGACACCGAUUUAUAUUCGCUUUCCAUUUGAUGCUCCCGAUGCAUUAGGCAAUAAUCAAUCAGCAUCACCAACAAAACCAGAGAUAGAUCUUGUCGAAUUGAUGCGUGAAAAAUGGGAACUACCUCUUCCUGAACUAAUUAUUUCUGUGACAGGUGGUGCGAAAUUAUUUAAAUUAACACCACCUCGAGUACGCAAAGCUUUUCAGGAAGGUAUUGUCUCAGCUGCCGUAACUACGGGUGAGUGA